UGCGCCACCGUGCUCUGUAUUACUGCAUUAUUGUUUUUUAUCAACUCGCUAGAAAUUACGCUAUUCCCAAAAAAACCGCAAACCCGCGAGUGUUUAUGUUGCGUUCCGAAGUGCAUAUCAUAGAUUAGUAGUAUUAGUAACCCCGCAAACGGCCUGCUGUCCAAAAAACACGCGUGACUCCCCUGCCACCCACGCACAUACAUAGACCCCGAUAUUUCUCUUUUCUUGUUUUCGACCCCUGACUGCGUUUGUGGAUUUUCCCCCCAAGAAAAAAAAAACCGAAAAGAAAACGCAAUUGUGCAGCAGAUCGAUUGAAACGGCAGCAAACUGAAUCCCCCGGGAUACGGAUAAUGGAGGUUUCCGCCGAUCCCUACGAGCAGAAGCUCUACCAAAUGUUCCGCAGCUGCGAGACGCAGUGCGGCCUUCUGGACGAGAAGUCCCUGCUGAAACUCUGCUCCCUGCUGGAGCUUCGGGAUCAUGGAUCCGCACUGAUCGCCAGCCUGGGCGGCAGCCACCAGCUGGGCGUGUCCUUUGGCCAAUUCAAGGAGGCGCUCCUCAACUUCCUGGGCUCCGAAUUCGAUGGCACGACGUCAUCGGGUUUUAUUGAGCGUUCACUGGUGAUUACGGAUGAGCCGCUGACCAGCACAUAUAUUGAGAGUCCGCCCGAGUCUUCCGAUCGCGAAGUUUCACCCAAACUCGUUGUGGGCACCAAGAAAUACGGUCGCCGGUCCAGGCCACAACAGGGAAUCUACGAGUUAUCCGUCACGGACUCGGACAAUACGGAUGAGGACCAGCUGCAGCAGCAGCAGAAGCAGCGAAAUCUCAAUGGCUGCGAUGAGCUGGGAGUUCAGGUGCAACGUUCCUCGUCCCAGAGCGAUCUUCCUGGCAGCCGACGCCUGCGGUCCGUCCACACCAGCGGCAGCAAACUGAAGCGAUGUGCUUCGCUGCCAGCACGCCGGAAGAUUAACAACAAUACCACAGGAGCAACUGCAUCGCCGACGGCAGCAGCCAAGUUGAAACAACUGUCCAUCCAGAGCCAGGCGCAGCACAGCAGCAGCGUGGAAUCCUUGGACACCGUGACGCCUCAGCAGCUGGAGACGAUCUCAGUGCAUAGCAUUAUCGAAGCCUGGGAGCUGGCCAGCAUUCCCAACACUCGCAACCUACUUCACGUCCUGGGAUUCGAUGAGGAGGAGGAGGUCAACCUGCAACAGCUGACCAAGGCGUUGGAGGAGGAGAUGCGUGGCCUCGAAGGCGAUCACGAGCAAUCGAAUAUGCUGCGUGCUCUGGCUGCUUUGCAGGCCACAGAGUUGGGCAACUACCGACUUGCCUACAGGCAGCAGCACGAAGAGAACCUCAAGCUGCGGGCCGAUAAUAAGGCGGCUAACCAAAGGGUGGCUUUGCUGGCCGUGGAAGUGGACGAGCGGCAUGCCUCACUGGAGGAUAACUCCAAGAAGCAGGUGCAGCAGCUGGAGCAACGACACGCCAGCAUGGUGCGGGAACUUACGCUGCGAAUGAGCAAUGACCGCGAUCACUGGACCAGCAUGACGGGAAAACUUGAGGCGCAGCUUAAGUCGCUUGAGCAGGAGGAGAUCCGCCUCAGGACGGAACUCGAACUGGUGCGCACAGAGAACUUGGAGCUUGAGUCAGAGCAGCAGAAGGCUCACAUCCAACUCACAGAGCUUCUCGAACAGAACAUUAAGCUCAACCAGGAACUGGCCCAAAGGCCGAGCAGCAUUGGUGGCACCCCGGAGCACAGUCCAUUGCGACCAAGAAGGCAUAGCGAGGACAAGGAGGAGGAGAUGCUCCAGCUAAUGGAGAAGCUGGCCGCACUUCAAAUGGAGAACGCCCAGCUGCGUGACAAGACUGACGAACUGACCAUCGAAAUCGAGAGCUUAAAUGUUGAACUAAUUCGAUCGAAAACCAAGGGCAAAAAGCAAGAAAAACAGGAGAAACAAGAGGAGCAGGAGUCGGCGGCCACGGCCACCAAAAGGCGUGGGGACUCGCCGAGCAAAACACACCUCACAGAGGAAAGCCCUCGUCUGGGAAAGCAGCGCAAGUGCACCGAAGGAGAGCAGAGUGAUGCCAGCAACAGCGGCGAUUGGUUGGCUCUAAACUCUGAGCUCCAAAGAAGUCAAAGUCAAGAUGAGGAGGUAACAAGCCUCAGACAGCGGGUGGCUGAGUUGGAGAAGGAACUCAAGGCUGCAAGGGAGGGCAGAUCUCUCACCCCGGAAAGUCGCUCCAAGGAACUGGAGGCCAGUCUCGAGCAAAUGCAGCGUGCCUAUGAGGAUUGCGAGGACUACUGGCAAACGAAACUCAGCGAAGAGCGGCAGCUGUUCGAGAAGGAGCGACAGAUCUACGAGGAUGAGCAGCACGAGAGCGAUAAGAAGUUCACCGAGCUGAUGGAGAAGGUGCGCGAGUACGAGGAACAGUUCAGCAAGGAUGGCCGUUUGUCGCCCAUUGAUGAGCGCGAUAUGCUGGAGCAGCAGUACUCGGAAUUGGAGGCAGAGGCAGCCCAACUGCGCUCGAGCUCUAUUGAAAUGCUCGAGGAGAAGGCUCAGGAAAUUAGUUCUCUGCAAUCGGAGAUAGAGGAUUUGCGACAGAGACUGGGUGAGAGCGUUGAGAUCCUCACCGGCGCCUGUGAACUAACAUCGGAAUCGGUAGCCCAACUGAGUGCCGAUACGGGAAAAAGUCCAGCCAGCUCACCCAUUAGCUACCUUUGGCUGCAGAGCACCAUCCAGGAGCCGGCGAAAUCCCUAGCUGACUCCAAGGAUGAUGCCACCGCCAGUGCCAUCGAACUGCUCGGAGGCUCACCAUCGCACAAGACAGCCAGCCGCAAUAACCUCACCACUUCGGAAACAUCCAUCUUUAGCACAACACCCUUCGAAAGCUCUCAGUCGGGUCCAUCGCCCACAAACAGUGGCACCACCAACGCCUCCGGCGCUAAUGCCGGUCCAGCUCCGAUCAGCAAACCCAAGAGGGCACAGAGUCCUCAACAGGCUCCAUCGGAGGGAGAGAUAGCCGAUUGUGAGACGUCGUCGACGGCGUCCAACAAGAGCUUCGAAUCCAACAGUAAAACGUCUUGCCUUAGCCACGAGAAGUGCAGCAGUCCGUCGGCACUGAAGGAGGAACUGAAGCGUCUUAAGUUCUUCGAGCUGUCCCUCAAGGAGCAGAUCAAGGAUUUGAGCCUGCAGCGGGACGGUCUGGUCAUGGAACUGCAGCAAUUGCAGGAGGCGCGACCCGUUCUCGAGAAGGCCUAUGCGCGAACCACGCAUCCAACGCUUCAGCAGCGACUGAACCAAUUGGAGCUGCGAAAUCGCCAUCUGCAGAAUGUCAUCAAGCAGCAGCAGCAAUACACCGAGUCCCUGAUGCAGCAAUCCUGGCGGCAGCAUCAAGUGGAGCUCAACGAUCUGCAUAGCCGUAUUGAAACCCAGGGUGUUUUGCUGGCCGAACAGACACAGCGACUUCAGAAUGCCGACAUCCUGGUGAAGGACCUCUACGUGGAGAACUCCCAUCUGACGGCCACAGUGCAGCGGUUGGAGCAGCAGCGAGCUAGGGUGAACCUAAUUCAUCAGCAGCAGCAACAGCAGCGACUUGUGGGCGGCGGACUGCCCGGCAUGCCUUAGUUUGCCCCACCGGCAAACGGAUAUAGUUUAUAGUUAAUUAUGAAAAAGACAACCUGAGGAGGGGUGCUCAGCAUCAGAAGACAUCGAACAUGCACCUACCCAUAGAUCGUUAUGAAUGUUUAGACAUAUACAACACUCGGUAGAUUAAGUUUGCAUACUCGUCGUAUUCGUACGUUGCGUUUUUGUGAAUGAAUGUGAAUCCAUGUUGUUCGACACGAGAGCACCGCAGCAAUAACUACAGUGACUAUAACCUAAACUUAAAAUCACCCACGCGCAAAUGAGGAACAAUCCACACUAGUGUACCAAUUUGUAACACAUCUAGUACUCGACUAACUAAUACGAAUGGAUAAACUAUUUACACGAGCUAAAGGCAUAUAUUCGAUUGGACAUGUCUCACUGCAAUGUUGACCUUACUAAUUGACUACUGAAACAGUUAUCGUAUAUUAAUUAUAUUAGAAGAAACAGUAUUUUAAAUUUGUUAUGCGUCUGAGUAGGCGAGCACGUUUAUCAAUGUUUAUCACAUGCCCAAUCAAAUGCAUCGGAAUUGUUGUUAAUUUUAUUGAUAGAGAAAAUGAAAAUGAGCGUAAACAAUGAUCUAUGAUAUUGAUGUAAUAUGUAACGACAAAAGACCUGUAAAGCUGUAACCAUACACACGAAUCUAUGUAUUUAAAUGCGAUUUAAGUUAGCUAAUACUCUUCAAUAUUGCUUUCGCGAACGCGACUUUUUGUUAAACCUAUAUUCGUCCCAAUAACUCACUCGAUUUAUAUGUAAAGAAAAAAAACCUCAACUUAGUUUAUCAAUCACACGAUUUUGUGUAAUCAGUGCUUAAAUCAAUACUUUCGAUCAAAAUAGAAGUUUACUUUUUAAAAGUAUAAAAAAUAAUACAAAAAAAAACCAAAUAUACAAUUAUUUAUAAAACCAA